CUGGUGUUAUAUUAUAAUGAAAAGUGUGCCCGAUAUUUUGCACUCAAACAAAAAAAAAUAAUAAUAUAAAUAUAUAAUUGACCUGCUAUAUUCAGGUCAUAAAUUUUAACUAAAAAAGUAAAAAAAAUAUACCAAAGAUUUUGAGAAAAAGUCCUUAAACUUUUCGUUUAAUUGUCGAGAAGAGAAGAAGAAAAAUCGGUCCGUUUCGUCCUUGUUUUUUUUUUUAAUUUUUUGUACGGAUACUAUAACCGAAUUCGAAACAAAAACUCGUUCGCUAAAUUCCUUCCUUUCUUUUAUGAUUCAUUCCUUUGAUAUGUAUUGAAGCGGCGGUGGGUGCAAAAGAAACUCCAUCUGAAAAAGGACCUCCUCGUUCUCGUCCUCGACGUUGUCGUUUUGUGUUAUGUAGAUGGGAUGAGUGUUGAGUGAGUUUGUGUAUUGUAUGGUGUUUCGUAAUGCGCUAACACACAAAUCAAAGAAGAGAGUUUGUUCAAAGUAAAUUCCAUUCCAUAAUGAAUGCAAUAAGUAGGGAAAAACCAUGCUGCCAUUACUGCACAAAGGAUUGUUGCAACACGCGUUUUUGUUAGAAAAUACAAAUUUAUCACAAAGCGACUAUCACAGCCAUACAAAUAUACAGAGUCACUGCAACAAGGUUACAUAAAAACUACACACACCCCAAGGAAUAAGGCGAGCAGGAGUUUUACACUCCUCAAAGGCGACAUUGGAAUAUUGAAAGAGCAAAUUAUUAUUAUAAUAAUUGUUAACUUAUACAAAAAAUAAAAACUAUAUUCGUCCUUUGCGUCUUCAACGUCGUCGUCGUCGUAAAAAUCGCCGUCGCCAUAAUAAUCACUAUUGUCGUGUUCGUCGUCGUCGCGUGCUAGUGAAAUAUGUUAUUUUAUGCAAUUCCGUCCGUCCAACACGCAUGAAUUCUCGAAAAUCUUCGGUAAAUCCUCGAAUCUAAUGAAUCAUACAAAACACAAUACUAGAUGGUUACUUAAUCAUAAGGAUCAAAUCAAAUAGGGGAGACGUUUUUAUUAUCCUCUUUUUACAGUGUCCUCCCUCUUCCCCACACCCCCAACAGAUUAAAAAAAUAUAAUACAAAUACGAAAAAGUGAAUAUAGUGUCCUUUUUGUUUUUUUUUUUAAAUUUUGUUAUGUUACAUAAGAAAUUAGUGAGACUGUGCGUUUUUAUCCCUUGUCGUUGUCGUUGACGUUGUCGGUUUGUAUGUGUGUGCAUGUCCUUUCGGUGGAAAAUUUCUUAAUAAAUUUUUAAAUAAGAAAAUUGUCCAAAGCCCUAUAUAGGUACGUACAAGGUACCAUCCACUGUCUAAUUAGAGUUGUGCGGUUGGGUCGGGUGGCGUAUGAGUGAUUUUUUUUUAAUUUAAUUUCAUUGGUUGAGUUGUUUGUGUUUUGGGGAAAGGAAAAUUGAAAAUAAAGGAUCCGCUCUUAUGGCUCGACAUGUUUGUUUAAUUAAAAAAUGUUAUGAACCAUAAUUGAAUUGUUCGGAGUGGGUAAGAGGUUCCGAUUGUCGUUCUUAUCGUUCUCGUUCUCAUCGUGUCGUCGUCAACAUCAGAAUCCUUUUAAAAACUAACCCGAUAUACCUCGAUUCUCGAAGGGUUGACAAACACAGAGGGGGUGUUUGUAUUGUACCACGGUAUAUACUCUAGUACGUUCGUGCCAGUUCCAGUGUGCUAUUAAUAUACAAGGAUAACUGGAUUUUCAUCCGGAAUCAUCGUGUGUAUAUUCGAUAGAUAUAACAUGAAACGUUAUGAUUGUAGUCAGAAAUUGUACAGCUGCUGCCAUCAUACCACAAUUAUUGGAUAGUAAAUGGAAUCAACGUAGAAUCUAUGUCCUCAUCAGACCUCAAGUAGCCAUAAUGAAGCCCCUGUGAUAGUAAGGCGAGUCUAAACACACUACACACAACAACCUCCCCUUUCUCUCUUUCUCUCUGUUGUGACAAGAAAAGAGCAGACAACAGAUCCACACGCAGUCCCUAUAGAAUAACCUCAACCAACUGAAAACAAACAAGCUACAAAAAAAAGAAAAAAGAAAAACAGAAACAGAUAAAAAAAAGUAGAAGCAAAACAUAAGCAAAUUGAAAAGGCAAUGGGUGACGAGCCGCCUGAAGAACGUACUUUCAAGGAGAAGCUCCUCUUUUAUACAACAGCCUUCUUCAUCCUGCUUGGGACGUUUAGUAUGUUUGCGUUCCUUUUCCUUGUGCCGUUUGUCAUCGAACCAGCCUUCACCACCAUCUUCAUGCAAUUCGAAGAAGUGCCCGCACUAUGCGAGACGAUGUAUCAAGAUACGUUCCACGGGGCGAAAAACUGCUCUUGGGCAUCGUGCCGUGAAGGAUGCACCAAGGACAUUUACGUAUGCACCCAGAUUCGUGUCAAUUACCGACUGAACCUGUACAAUUAUACGGAUGAAUUUAAUUUCACCCAAUACCACAAGGAUUUGGCCUGGUCGGAGAGGGAGAUGCCCAAGGUCAAGCGAACAGACCGGUACGAACGGGCCAUUCGGGAUUAUGAGUAUGCGGAUGGAGUGGGCAUGGACGGAACCAUGGGAGGUCUGGGGAGCAUUAACUUCGACGAAAACAGUUUGCUAGACAUGAGUCAUAGCCUGUCGGGUGAUGAUGACGACGAAGAUGGUGGCGAUAGUAGUGACACAGAAGAUGGUCAGCCAUUUGAUCAGAUAUCGGAACUGAACAAAGACCUGAUGGGAAAUAAUUCCAAAUAUUUCUAUGUGGGAGCGAGAUUAUUCCCCAAUGUUAAAGGAUGCGGCUAUCCACCGAUGUUGAAUUGUACAAUAUGGAUGAAGCGAUACAUCAAGCUGAAAUCCAUGUUCCCGUGCUACUAUUCGAAGGUGGAUCCUAGCCUUGUGAUAAGUGAAUUAGACUAUUGGCAGAAUACGCUAAAUUUGGUAUACUCGAUGGCUAUACCGAUACCUUCGUUUAUUAUUUCGGUGAUUUACUUGACGUAUGCGUACUUUAAGAUUUACAAUGAAGACGAGGAGGCGGCACCGCUGGAUGAGAAUGCCGAGGAUAUUGACUUUGAGGAGGGCGACGAAAUGGCCAUUAAUUCGCACGAUGAUUCCGAUGAUUUGUGUGUGGACGUUAUGAUACCGAAUGGUGGGACGUCAAUGUCACCCGCCGCCUCGCAAAUGACACCGAAUUCCGAGAUAAAUUCGUUUGGUCAUCAAUUGAAAGUACAAAUGGCUGAUGAUAUGUCAAGGGAGAGUCUAGAUGCGGGGGUGAUAUCAAAUUCGAAUUCAGUUCAGGGAAACUUGAGCAAGACGAUGACGACCAGUAUUUCAACUCCCCCUGGGCCGACAGCGGCAGUUUAAAACGCCAAGUACAUGGUUUGGAAAAUCUUAAAUUUCGUUUUGGAAAGUAAACAAUAAAACAAAAAAAAUUAAAUACAAAACACACAAAAUUUUAGACAGUUAAGGAUAUUUAUAAAUGUCCACAAUUAAAUAGAAUAUUAUGAAUAAAUAACUUUUUCACUCUUCACAUAAAAAAACAAAUAUGACAAGAAAAAUCCAAAAAAAAUAUAAACUAUAUCAUUUGCAUAUUGCGUAGAUUUUUUUCGAAUUAAAUUCAUACAAACCAAAACAAAAACAAAAAUACUAACAAACAAAAAUACAAAAACGGUCGCAUUAUUCAAAAUAUGUUUAAAAACUUAUAGUUUUAUAAACAAACAAAAAGCAAUGCAAUAAAUAAAAUGUAGCUAGCUCUACAUAUAAAUUCAAUAAAGUACUUUUAAUAUCUAAUUGCUACUUGAAAAUCGGUACAAAAUAAAACUGUAUAUUCAAAUAAUAAAGAAAAUAUAAAUAUAUAAUGUACUUGUAUAAUUUAAAAAAUUAUUUCGAUAAUAAAUUUAACAAACAAAAAAAAGAAAAUUAAAGCUUUAAAUAAUUUUAUUAUUGCCACAUGAGCAUUGUGAAUAAAAUUAAAAUAUAAAAUAAUAAAAAAUAUUUAUUUUAAACACAGUUUGGCACAAAAUCCAUUGAAGGAUAUUUUUUCAAUAUCAAGCUCACAACAACACAUUCUUUCGCCAAUUUUCUAUAAGUACACAUUUUUGAAAAUCUUAUUGUUUUGUUUCGUUUCGUUUUUUUUAAACUACCCACUUUUAAUCGAUAUAAGAGUACGAAAAAUAAAAUUGCAAAGGCAUCCAUCAGCAAAUUCUUUUGUUACUUGUUUUUUUUUUUUUCUUCCCUACUUUUUAAGUGAGUUAGUAAAGCUUUUAAAGAGCAGCACUUAAAAAGACAUUUUCAAUAAUAAAACGAAAAAAAAAAAACUUUAACAAAAAUAAAUCAAUAGAUCAUCAAAAAGAGUAUUUUAACCAUUGACUAAAGGGAAAAGUAUUCAAGUAACAGGGCUGCCAUAUCAAUUGAAAGAGGUUGUCUUAGAAGUUAACGAUUGUUAUUGAAUCUUGAUUCUCAAAUUGCAUCACAGGAACUUUAAGCCUACAAAAUGUCGUUUAAAAUCGACUGCUUUUAGUUACAAGUUGUCAAGGUAGUUAAAGUUUGGGAAAGACAUUUAACAAAAUUCAUUUAUAGGGUUAUAAAAGGAAGAUUGCCAUUCGUGAUUUUCAUUUCAUAUAUUUAAAAAUCUUGGGAAACUGAGAAGAGUUGGGAGUGAUUAUAUAUGUAAGUCCUAAACAAAACUGUAUGUGCACAUAUAUGUCAAAAAGGAGGAAUUUUAUAUGUUUUCAGGAACCUUUAUUUAUUAGAGGACGUUAAAUACCAACGCUAUCAUUGGCUUUCAUCAUUGAAAACAAACAUUGAAAUUUUUUGACAGGUCGUUUAUAGCUAUCAUUAGAAAUUUCUGACAUUGAAAAAAGAAAAUUCCUGAUUGAAAUCCACCGACAAAUUUGUAUUGACAGAAAUCUGUCAUUGAAAUUGUGUGAAAUUGGAACACAAAUCAGUGAAACAAUGACUGUAUUGAACGCAGACAUAUAGGUUAUCCGGAUACCUUAUUGUUAGUGUUUUACGUGUAAAAAAACAGCUGAUCAAAAACAGCUGAGAUGUCAAAAAAGGACUCCAAAGGUAUCCAAAAAUUUUUGGGGUAUAUAUAGGUAUCUGGCAGAACAGCUGAUUCAACAAAUGAUUGAAUUUCAAGAAACUCGAAAAUUGGUUUCAUCUUUCUGCAUAAUAGCAUAAAUAGCAUAAUAGACGUUGAAGAAGCUUUUUGCCUCCAAAUUUUAGAAGGUAAUUAUGAUCCUUUUUUGUUUAAAACUUCAAAAUUGACUUAUGACAAUCAGCUGUUUGGGAAAAUGAAUUUCCGCCCGGAAAAUAAAAAAGAAAAAUAAAUGAGCUAUGACACUUUUUUUCUUAAAAAGAAUUCUGUCUGUGACUUCCGAUCGAUCAGUAUAUAAUAUUAAUUUCUAAUCAAAAGGAAACACUGUCAAAUAUUGAUUCAAACAUUUGUCCUAAUCGAUUUUAAUAAUAGCUAUUGGCCACUUACUAUUAAUAAUUAAUAUCUUAUUUUAAUCAAAAAAAUUGAAAAACAAUAGAUUGCUCAUGAUCACAAAUAACAUCUUUUACCAUAAUUACAAAAAAUUAUCAGAUUUUAAAAUUUCAUUAACUGAAUUAAUGAGAAAAUGUUUAUUAUUGCAAUUUUAUAUUACUUGGUUAAUUGGACUACAAGGACCAUAGUUACAUCGACUAAAAAUCUUUCGAAUUGGAACACUAUUUCUUAAAUUAACACGGCCAACAAUAAAAUUAAAGAAGUUUAAGACUAAUGGGGUAUCAAAACGGCGCACUACAGCGCUAAUUGGAUCUCAGGCUAGAUUGCCUUGAGAUCGCCAUUUCUACCUAAGACUAAUGGGGAUGAUAUUAACCUGUUUUAGAUUCCAAGAACAUAUACUAAUUGCAAAUACUCUCUGUGAAUGGUCAAAGUUUUAAUCUCUAAUAGUAAAGUUUGAGCAUUUAUAUAUUGGACCAUGGAAACAAACUUGAGGUGAACCUUAGAAAUCUUUUUUCGACACCCUCAAGUUUAUAUAUAAUGCACCCAUAUUCAAAGAAAGAUCAAACAAAUGAGACACAAAGUGUUUUAAUAACAUCACAAUCUUUGAAUUCUCGACAUAAACAUGUAUAAACUUUUCUUAUAAUGUGAUUUUAAAUGUCAGCCAAUACAAUUUCGUCAAAUUUAGAAGAAUUUGAUGGUCCAUAGAGUUAUGUUUGCGUGUAAAAAUGUCUUUUUACUCUUGUCAUGGUUAAAUAAUAAACGGUUAUUAUUGUAAAAUUUCCAUAGGUCGUCUUGAAGAAGUUCACAGUUAGUUAAGGAUGUUACUUACUUACUUAAGAUGGCGCUACAGUCCUGUAUGAAUUAGGGCCUCACCCAAUAAACUUCUCCAUCUAUGUCGGUCCCCAGCUAGAUGGCUCCAGGUUCGCGCUCCGAAGAACUUUUCUCUCGAAACGACCCAAGUUGCUUUGAUCCACUUUUGUCAUAGUCCAUACUUCUGCACCAUAAAGAAGGACGGGGAUGAUGAGGGUCUUAUAAACCAACACUUUGGUCCUUCGAGAGAGGACUUCGCCACUCAAUUGUUUUCUUAGCCCAAAGAAAUAGCGGUUAGCAAGAGUUGUUUUUUGUUUGAUCUCAGCGCUGGUGUUUUUUUCUGCGUUUAUAGCGGAGCCUAAGUAGACGAAGUCCUUAACUAAAUUACAGUUACGUCUAUCGUUGAUGACAUUUUGACUGAGACGUCGGUCUUGUAGUUCCUUUCUUGGUGACAGCAUGUACUUUGUUUUGGCCUCAUUAACAGUUAAACCCAUUUUUGCUGCCUCUGCCUGGAUACUCACAAAACCCACAUCGACAUCACGCUGAGUUCUUCCGAUUAUGUCAAUUUCAUCAGCAUAUGCUAGUAAUUGGAAACACUUUUAAAAGAUAGUGGCUCUACUGUUGACGUGUGAGCUCUGCACUAUUCUUUCAAGUACGAUGUUAAAAAAUCGCAUGACAGCGCAUCACCUUAUCUAAAACCUUGUUUGACAUCGAAAGGUUCUGUUAAGUUGUUUUCAACUUUUAUGGAGCAGCGUGAAUUGUCCACAAAUGCACGAGUUUGGCAAUGAUGCCAAAACUAGGCAUGGGUCUAUACAGCUCGUCCCUGUAGAUGCUUUCAUAUUCGGCCUUGAAAUCGAUGAAAAGAUGGUGGGUGUCAAUUUGAUGUUGUUGGGUUUUUUCCAUUAUCUGUGAAUAUUUGAUCGACUGUGGAAUUUUCUGGUCUAAAACCACACUGAUAAGGACCUAUCAGGUUGUUGACGGCAGAGAAGAUUUUGUAAGCGAUGUUAAGUAGACUAAUUCCUCUAUAUUUGGUGCUGUUUCCUUUUUUCAGAAGGACGUUAUUGUAUUAUAUAAUAUAUUUACGUCAUCAGCGUAUAUCAUUGAAUUCUGCAAAAUAAAAGGAGGGUCAUUUAUACAUAAAAUGAAUAACAUUGAACCAAGAUGGCUUCCCUGUGGCACACCAGAGUUGAGUUAUAAUUUCCUUAACCGAUUAUUUUUUCAAAAGCAACUCUGUAAUAUCUAUGACGAUAAGUACCUUGUCAUAUAGUCCAAGUUUCUUAAAAGCACGGUAUGGCUGAGUUUGUCAAAUGAAUUACUGAAGUCUGUUAAUACGUAGUCAACUUGUAGAUUGCGUUCAAAGACGUCAAUACAAAAUUUGGUUAAAUCAAGUAUGUCUCUUAUUGUCUAUUUUUUGUACAAAAUCAAGCUCAAUAUCACAAAAAACAGAAGAGCAAUUUGGACCUUUUUUAUGGGUUAGUUUGGAAAAGGUGAUUGAAAGGUUGGAAAGCGACAAACUGAGCAGCGGUAACGAAGCGGAUAUGAGCGUGCGCCACCAAAUCCGAGAUUCUUCUUACUCUAGUGUGUGAGAUGUUGAGGAGCUUAGAUCGAUGAAUAUUUUUGAUUUAUGAAGUAACCCUCAUUUACGGUGCUUCAUUUCUGCAAAAAUUUCUUUUUCAAAACUAUCAAAAGUGCGAUAAAUUUUGGUCAGGAAGGUUUCAGUUUUUUUGAACGAAUUUCCUUGAAAGUUUGAUAAAACUGAGAUAUUUUUGAUGCACCUCUUGUUGACGUGUUCUACUGGAGAAAUGGAGAUUGUGAAGAACUGUCACAAAAAAGUUAGUGUUUAAUUAAGACUGUAAGUAAUACACAAGUUUUUUUUCUGAAAUAUAACCUCCAAACCAUACCGUUUCGAUUCUGAAUAUAAAAGAACUUCCUUUCCAUUAUUGCCACUCAUGUCGUUCCAAAAAAGUUGAGAUUUAAACAUUAUAACUAGUACUAGACUUAUUAUGAGAGUGAAAACCUCCAGAACUGAAGCAAAAUACAAGUGUUGAAUGAUUGAAAGAAAAAUGUAUGAGGGCUUCUAUUCCAAGUUAUGUUAGAACUCUACCAAUUAAAAAUUACAAAAAAGCUGAUCUAGCGAUUGUGAUUUUAUUUUUCAAUGAAGGAAACUGAAACAGUUCUUUAAUAUUCAACAACUUCCUACGUUUAGAGGCCUGUUAUAGCUAUCAGUAAGAUUUUAAACAGGAGGAAUCUGAAAUGUUUUACUGAUGAGCGUUUAUAGCAGUCAGUAAAUUUACGUCAUUAAAUUAAAUGUCACUUUGAAGUUUCUAUCAGUAACAUUUUUAAUGAUGUGAUCGGAAGGGUAAAAAAUUGGAACACCAACAGUAAAACGAAAUGGAAUUUUGUAUGGGUUUUGGCUGUCAGCUGUUCAGUAGAAUGAAAUUCGAUCAUUAAAGAAAUUAAACAAACCCUUAAAUGCAUUGUUUUUUGAAACAAGUACUUGAAUAUAGGAUUCAUCUUAUUGCAUCAAUAUUUUGCUAGAAAUAAAGCUUUAACAUAUUUAAAAACUAAAAAAAAUUACUGACGGAUUUUACUGAUAGUUAUAAUCGGCCUCUUAGUGUACUCAGAUGGACGAGAAAAUCAUUUAGUUCAGAGAAUUAUUCUUAAAAGAUUCCUUUAAAUUCACAUAGAUUUUCAGAAUUUAUCACAAUCGUUUUCAAAGUGAUUGAGGUUCUCAGCGAAAGAUUUACAUAGCAGAAACUUUUUUUUUUCAAAUUAGUUUUGUUCUAUCCUUAAAAUUAAAGCAGCAAGGUUCAAAAAGAGGUAAGCAAGAAAAUUGUAAAGAUUUAGAAUUGGUGUUAAUUUUAAAAAUGGUUUUAGCAGAAAAAAGUUUUUAAUGGUUAUAAUUAUUUAAUGCACUUUAUACGAACUACUUAAAAAAUUGUGAAAGUAUGAUAAUGUCUUUUAGAAUUUCGUUGCAAAGUUAGAAUUAUUCAAGAGAAGAUAACAAAAACGUAUAUUAAUUUAAAACACUUUUCUUAUUUUGUUGAACUUUUAAUUUCUAAGUCUUAAAUUUUCUUUCCUAUAGAUUUGCCCGCCUCCUGAGGAAAACGAAGACAAAUUAUUUCUAGUAUCGAUUAAACAUUUUUAUUUUGUUCUUAGUUACCUGUGAUUUAUAAUCUUGCAAAUAUUAAAUAGUCUCAAUAUUGUACUUCAUGUAGGAUUGCCAAAUAUUUAUUUUUAUUAUUUUCAAUAUUUUUUUGAAAAUCAACAUAACUGUUAUUACAAUAUUACAAUACAAAAAAACAUAAUUACUGCCGACUAUAGUUUGUAUAAAAUUAAAAUAAUAAUACAAAAAAAAAUCAUAUCUCUUUGGAUGAAUUUUCUGCCAAACUGUUUAAAUAUAAAAAGAAAGUAUUAAGUAUACAUAGUUAUAUGUACUGUGUGCAUUUAUGUAUAAGCCUGCACUUUUUAUAUUUUCCUUUUAAUCGUGUAAAAUUAUUGUUUCUCCUUUUCCCUUAUUAGAAAAACAAAAAAAUCGAAUAUCAUCACUCUAUAAUUAUACAAAUUACACUAUUUAUUAAUAAAAUUUUAUAUAAAAAAGAAUAUAAUUAAAAAAAAUGUGAUCGAAUAAAAUAUUCUAACUCAUUGGCUCUUAACAAAAAAAAUAUCUAUUUAAUUAUAUAUAAAUUAUAAAAAAUAUUUACAUAAACAUAUAGCAUAUAACAAAAAGAAAAAACAACUCACCUUAAAUGUAGAUAAUGUAUCUAUUUUCAAAUCAUGCAAUAAAUAAAUUAAUUAAAAUACACUUUUGCAUAAAUUAUCUAAAAUAAUUAUUUUGCUAUCAAUUAGAUCAAUUUGUAUAUAAUUUUGAUCGGUUUCUUUAGGAAAUUUAAUUAAAAAAAAGCUUUUUCUAUAUCAAUUAGAUUUGUACGUAAUUUUUUAGUUUUUAAAAGCAAGCCAAUGUGGGUGUUAUAAUAUUUCUACAUUUUUAUCUCACAUAUUUUACAAAAUUAGAACUAACGUUCUUAGUUUGCUUUUUUUGGCAAAUUAUUAAUAAUUAAUGUUCUUAUGUAGUUUUUUAAACCCACGCGGAAAAAUCUGAAAAUUCAAAUUGAAUUGAAAGCUAUCAUUAGCGAGCCUAAAAUUAUUAAAAUUAUAUUUAAACAUUUUAUUGAUAAAAUACAAAAUAAUUCAAAUCAAAAAAAAAUAAAAUAAAAAAUAAUGAGUUUUGAAACCUUUGAGUCAGCCUAAGCCACUUGGCCACAUUUUAAGUUUCUAGAUGCGAGCCAUUUAUGAUUGAAGUUGAUCGGAUCAAAAACUGAGUUAUUAUGAACCCUACUAACUUAACAAAGGCUGUCAAAUUGGCUUGACGAUCCAUUUGGUUCGUUUAUAAAUGACCAGCUUGAAAAAAUUGCAAAUGCUCCUCAAAGUUAUGUAAAUGACAUUGAAGAAAGAUGUAGAUGACAUUGAAGAUAGAUCCAAAGUGAAGUCCCAUUUCAUGACAUAGAUUUUUGACAGUUGCUUUCGUUUCUUCGAAUAAUCUGUCAAAUCUGUUAAACAAACUAAAUUUACAAAGGUAGAGUUUGCUUUAACAGUGCCAUGUUCAAUUUUGAAAUGUCAAAAGUUCUGUAACGCAAUAGUUAAAAGUUAAUGAAGUUUAGUUGAACGUGCCCAUUGAAAUACGUAACGUAACAAAAUCCUAAAUUUCUGUGCUUAGCUUGUUCCAGGGUAUUCAGUACUCAGCAAUUAUUGCUGUGUUUCAAGUUUCAAAUAUCUGAUUGUCCAGCUGUCAAAAAACUGACCGUCCAACUAAGGCAACUUUAUUGCAAAUUUGAUUGAAAACUUAGUCAAGUCUAGUUAAGUCAAAAACAUGACUUUCCAUUCAACUGAAAUAUAUUAAUCUGUGACAUUUAUUACUUUGUGAUUGAAGUCCCUAACGUUGAUUGAACGUGCUCAGUAAAAAGUGAUUUGUAUCAGAGUUUGGUUAGAGCUGGACAUCUGAGCUGUCAAUAUAGUUUUAGAAUUUGCCAUCUGUCUCUUUCAUAAAACACAAAACAAACGUGAAGUCACCUACGUUCAGCUUUUUACUACAUUUCAGCUCGUACAUUUUAUUCAGAGCUCCAAAAGAAAUACAAACCGAGCCUAGAUGUAUCUGAGAUAAAAAAGAACAAAGAUAUUUUUUUGACAGCUCAGUUCUCUGCUCGGAACUUGAAAAGAAAAACGCCUAUAGUAUGUAAGAUCUAUUGUACUUUCAUGGAUCACCAAAUUUUUGAACAACGUGCGGCAAGUGCCUCUUCGGUCGUUGUAUUUCAUGAAAGUUAUUUAUUUUACACACAAUGACAGAGACAUUUAAGAACUUGAGAUAUUAAAGACAUGAGUGCACAUUGCGAAUGAGAAUUUUGACACUUAAAUAAAUUUGAUGUGUUUGAUUUUUGCUUUGCUAUUUUUGUCUUUAAAAUUUGUUAAGUCAUAUAUGUGUCAAACCCUUUCCACAAACCAACGAAUACAAAAUUCGUUCAAAUUUAACCUCAUCACAUUAUAUUUUAAUGAAAUGUCAAAAUUCUAUACAAUUCGUGACUUGUUCCUAACUUAACGAUAACUUGCUUUGUGUCAUUUUGACUGCUUAUGUCAAACAACUCAACUAUUUAAUUCUCAAAUGUUAAUAAAUAAAUAUAGCAAUUCUAAGAAUUAGCAUUAAAUGAUGUAACCGCUGGAUAAUAUGUAAACUCUUGAAUCUUUUUCAAUUCAACUGCAGUCAAAAGUUAACUUGACAAGUAGUUUAGUUACGUAGCCAACCAACUACAAAAAGUCCUUAUUUGUGUCCGAUACAUGUGGUAUCCACUUAAUUGAAACAAAAAUAUUUGAAUCCAAUGAAUACACAAAAUUCGGAGAAUUAAAUCCAUUUCCAAACAGAAAUUGAAAAAAUUGAAAAAAUGUCACUACAUAUGUUGUAUACUAUACAAUCCAUGUUCCUUUAUAAUUCUGCCUGCCAAAAACCCCUCAUUUUGGCAUUCUCUGCCCUUUUUGUAGUUUUGUUUUUUUUCUUUAUGAUAACCUUUAUGUCUUCACCUUUUUAUAUUUUUAUUUUAUUGACACAAGCGGUCAUGUCAAAUGUCAGAAAACAUUUCAAAGUGUGUUUUUUUUCAUUUCAUUUUUGUUUUUUUUUUCAUAUCCACCCACUUAACCAUGUUGGUAACCCAUUUGGCUAUGCCAACAUCAACAAGAAUGUACAUCACAUACGAAUUGGAAACGAAAUGAUGGAUGCACACAAAACAGCACAAACAAGAGAACAUGGCAACAAAAAUAUCCUUUUUUAAAAGGAAGAAGAAUAAAUAUAGCAUUUUGUUGUUGUAUCCAAAUGAUGGGGAGACAAUGCGGCUAAAGGGUAUGUGAAUAAAAAUAAAAAUACACUAUAAAAGUGAGUGGAUGUUAUUUUUUUUUUUUGUGAAACUAGAACAAAAAUUAUUUAUUAUCGUUUCGGGUUGUCGAGCAUUAAAAUUGUACUUGACUGCAGAAGAAAAUUUGGGCACAAUGCCAAAUAUGUAAUCAGUCGUCAAAACGACAAAAGUGCAUUUUAAUGACGCUCAAUUGCAUCACUAGAUGGGGUUAGUUUUCCUUUGAUUUUGUUUAUUCAAAAGCAAGGGAAAAAAGUAUUGAAAAUGUCAAAAUAGCAAUCGCCAAGGAAGUUUUGUUGCAUGUUUCAUUGGCUCAAUACUAAAUGUCAAAUUGUCAUGUACUUGUGUUGAUGAUGCAUUUCAUCAGGCACUUAUGUACAUAUUUACGUAUCAAACAAAUUUAUAGCAUUUUAGUUUUCUGACAGGCCAUGUCAUCGGAUCAUCUUUCUAAUCAUCGAACAUCCCUCGUGCACAACUUGAAGCAUUUAACCGCGCGCGUUUGAAGCAUGAACGCACGUUUGAAUAAAUUGCUUGUAUUGAAUCAAAUGGUUCUUUAUCGUAGCUCAGAUUUUUUCUUCUAAAGCAGAGUAUACACGGUUGGAAGAUCUUCCAAUAAUGGCCGAGCUGUCAAAAUACUUCCAAGAGCAUUCCAAUUAAGUGACAAAUCAAUGCCAAUUUUCUAUCAAAUGAAAAUUGUUCGUUUCGACGGUUGGUUGAUUUUAUCAAAAUAAUAGUCAAUUUUUUGGAAGAAAAUGGGCUGAGAAUUGACGACAAUGUUCGUGUCUUUCAAUCAAUAAUUAUCUGUUUACACGGUUGAAAGAAUUAAGGUUAGGUUAACGUGGCUGCGGAUUCAGAAUCCACACACUUAGGCCAAAAGAAAAGGCCCAUUGUGUGGAAGAAUUUAGAAAAGAAUAAAAUUAGUAGACUCACUUGAAGACAAGGAUUGAAAUAAGUUAGGUUAGGUUAAAGUGGCUGUCCGUGAUGGAGUAGGACACACUUAGGUUAGUUUAAUGGCCCAUUUUGAUACCACAUGAACCUUGAGAAUUUCUUCUAAGCUCAAUGAAAUUAUUUUUAGUCCCUUAUGAAUCGUGAGAGGCUGAUUAUGUUAAUAUGAUUUAGAUCGUUAUGGAAGAAUUCUCCGAAGUAAUUCUUGGGUUUUUGAACUAGAGCAGGUAGAUGUUUUUUGUGACCUGACACGUGGUGAUGUUCUUCCACCACUAGCAAUAGUUUACACGAAGCAACUGCUAUGCCAACAUUCGCCAAACGUAGUAGAAUGGACUUUACUCUACCAUUCUGCCUUUCAGUUUCAUGGAAUGUCUCUAUGGCCCGGCACCCAGGAAAGAUAUAUCACACUGUUGUACCGUCUAUAUUAGAGAUAACCGAUUCCACUUGAUUGUGAAAAAUAAAAAAUGAUGAAAAUAAGUCGCCUUAAAAGAACGCAAUGUCACACACAAUAAAAAGGUUGUCUGUCUAUUCACAUAAUAUAAAAAGUCUUUUUAUUCGAUUUGAAUUUCUGUCGUUUUUGUAAAUUAAAAUCAUAUGGUCUGUCAACUUCCUUGAAAGUAACAAAUAUUUGAAAAUCACAAUCAUUUAUAACAAAAUGGAACGGAACUAAAACAAGUCAAGAAAUGUCAUCUUCCGCUCCUUUCCUUUUACUGACAAACAUAUUAAAUGUCACAUCUUUCUUCUGUUUUGAAAAUUGUUGGCACUGA